CACGUGGCUUCUCGGACGUUCGAAUCGGAAAGACUUCAUCUCUUCAAUUUUCUUAUCAGAACGAUGGCAGGGUUGCGUGAUUUAGCUCUCCUGAGUGUGUCUGACAAGACCGGUCUUGUUUCCUUCGCUAAGAAGCUCCAUGGGCUUGGACUGACCCUGAUCGCAUCAGGUGGAACUGCUAAGGCCAUCCGAAAUGCAAACAUACCUGUUAGGGAUGUGUCUGAAGUGACCGGAGCCCCUGAGAUGCUGGGAGGGAGAGUCAAGACCCUGCAUCCAGCCAUCCAUGCAGGAAUCCUCGCACGCACUUCUCCAUCCGAUGAGGAGGAUAUGAAGAAACAGGACUAUCGUAAUAUCCGCGUCGUCGCAUGCAAUCUCUACCCAUUUGUCAAAACCAUCUCUGCGGAAAACGUUACAGUCGCUGAGGCAGUUGAACAAAUCGAUAUAGGGGGCGUGACCCUACUUCGCGCUGCUGCUAAGAAUCACGGCCGUGUAACAGUGGUUUGUGAUCCUGAUGACUAUGACAAGAUUGCUAGUGAGAUGUCUUCGUCAGAAAAGCAGGACACUUCCCCAGACACAAGAAAAACAUUGGCUGUAAAGGCCUUCAAUCACACUGCCGCAUAUGAUGCCGCUAUCUCUGACUAUUUCCGUAGAGAGUACAGCCAAGGAGUCUCUCAGCUUCCUCUCCGAUAUGGCAUGAAUCCUCACCAGAAACCCGCUCAACUCUACACGACAUUGCCGCAACUUCCCAUCAAAGUCAAGAAUGGUUCGCCUGGGUUUAUCAAUCUGUGUGAUGCUCUGAACGCUUGGCAGUUGGUGAAGGAAUUGAAGCAGGCCCUCGAAAUGCCUGCUGCUGCCUCCUUCAAGCAUGUCAGUCCUGCUGGUGCUGCAGUGGGCGUUCCACUCACUGAAAAGGAACUGAAGCUGUGCAUGGUCGAUGAUAUGGAAAAUGAAUUGACACCGCUUGCUACUGCCUAUGCCAGGGCUAGGGGUGCUGACAGAAUGUCUUCAUUUGGCGACUUCGUUGCACUCUCUGACAUUUGCGAUGUACCAACAGCAAAGAUCAUCUCGCGAGAGGUGUCCGAUGGCAUCAUCGCCCCGGGCUAUGAGGAAGAUGCCCUGAUCAUCCUAGGGAAGAAGAAGGGUGGAAAGUACUGUGUCCUCGAGAUGGACCCUGACUACGUCCCGAACGAGAUGGAGACGAGGACACUCUUUGGCCUGCAGAUGGAGCAGCGAAGGAAUGACUCUCCAAUUACGAAGGAGAUGUUUGCUGAUGUCCGGUCACAGAACAAGGAUCUUCCUGAAGCGGCAUUGAGAGAUCUGGUGGUUGCCACCAUUGCUCUGAAGUACGCCCAGUCUAACUCUGUAUGCUUUGCCAGAGAUGGGCAGGUGAUUGGUAUUGGGGCAGGACAACAGUCAAGGAUUCAUUGCACCAGGCUUGCCGGUGACAAGGCCAAUAACUGGUGGCUGAGACAACACCCGAAGGUCCUCAACAUGCAGUUCAAGAAAGGAAUCAAGAGGGCCGAGAUGUCAAAUGUGAUUGAUGUUUACGUCAAUGGGACAGUCGGACAGGACAUGGAGACCUCUGCUUGGGAGAGCAUGCUGGAGAAGCCCCCGCAGCAACUGACCGAGACUGAGAGAAGGGAUUGGAUUGCUCAGUUGAAGGGAGUGGCGCUAAGUUCUGAUGCCUUUUUCCCAUUCCGUGACAGCAUUGACAGAGCAAAGCAGAGCGGUGUUUCCUAUGUAGCCUCCGUGUGCGGCUCCAACAAUGAUGACUCCGUAAUUGAUGCCUGCAAUGACCACUUGAUGACGCUGCUCUUCCACAACUCUCGUUUAUUCCACCACUAGGGGUGUGAUGAGAUGAUCUGAAUUCCGUCAUAUGCAACUCUCCACAACAAUGCAAUAAGAAAUGCGGUGACUUGCACCUACAGUAAAAAGUAUUUAAAUUCUAUGUGUUCAUUUUCGAAGAUUGUUUGUUUUACUUUUGAAGCAUUUGAAACUUCAGCUAUUGCCACAGCUUAUGGUAUUCUAGACAUGGGGUGGAGCCAGCUCAGCUGAUUUUGAUAUCAAAUAUCCUGUAACUUUUAACAUUAUGGUUUCAUUCUCUAAAAAAAUAUGUGCUGAACCUAACGCGUUCUGGUGGGACCUUUGCCAUUGCCAUCUAUACAUAAAUGUAUAAUUUUUAAGACGUAAAUAUAAAAGUAUGUUCAGAUGGAUAAAGAGCUGUGCAGACUGCUCUUCUUCAACUCCCAGGAAUUUUCCAGUCCAUAAAUUGAGUACUUGAAUGUUCUUUAUCUAUACGUGCUCACUGAUCAUCCCCUCAUGAAAAGGAAGCCCAUUCACUCUAAUGCGAGUUAGUUCUAUAUCGAGAAUCAAAUUUUACUUUCAUUUAUAUUUCAUGGCUUAUAAACUCAACCCUUUGUCCAUUUUCUUAAGGAAUUUUCCCAUGCGAAAACCAAGUGCUUUCCUCUAAUGCGUUUUAGCAUUUUUGAUAUUGGCUAAAGUUUCAAAUUUCAACUAUCGGGGUUUGUGCCUUUUUCACACUUUAAUUGAAAUUUUGCUGAAAUAAGAUUUGAUCAUGUUUCAUAUGAAAUAUUCAUUCCUAAAAUAUACUCGAGUCUGCUUUCAGUUCACUCAAUAAAAAAAAGAAGUUUUCCAAUUCAUUUGAAUAUUUUGUGUACAGUUUUUGGUUCACCAAUCUAUUGAUGAUCCCAUAACAUGCAUUUAUCCCGUGGACCAUGGUUUUGCUCAAUUUUUGCUAGAUUCAUACUUGGUAUAGAUCUUUUAACCAAUGCUUGGAGAUUACAUGACACCAACACAAUCCUAUAAUAUGCCUGCAUCCAUUGCUCAAAACAGCUUUGAAAACUGCCUGAAUCUCUAACAGUUUCUUCAAAAGAUCUGUCUCGGGUCCUCAUUUCUUGACAUUUAAUGUGCUAGUUUAGUAAUUUAACCUCGAAAUUAUUGUAGUCUGUCCCUCAUGUUAUCCUUUUCCAUUGUACGUCCUUAACCGUUUCAAAAGACUCAAAUAUUGAUUUUUUAACUUCGUGUUUGUUCACAGUUGCCAUGAGUAUGCAUAAGAUGCAUGUAAAAUUUGUCUAUGACCAAUUUAAAGUGUUAAGUUUUGGGGGAAUUUACUCAAUCCUGAAUAAACUUGAUUUUCAGGAGA